CGUAGCAGUGCCGCGUAGACUCCACAGGGAGCGCUACGUCUAUGCGCUACGAACCGCGGAUUUCGAAAUACAUAAUAUUGUACGUGUUUUGUGAACUGUGUUUAUUAAAUUUAUAUGGAUAUUUAAUUCGUGUUUUGUGCGAGACUGUACUGUAGGGGGCGUAUGAAACUAUUGUAUAAGGUCAACAAUGACACUAUGACCUAACCAUGACGUGUCCAUUCCGUCGCGCCUCAUCCCAGCUCCAAUUCGCGAAUGGCGGUGCUCGGAAGCCCGAGUUCAGGUCGCGGCAGUCCUCCGUCCAUCUGCCCACGGAGGAGGAAGAUGGGGAAAAGAAUACCCUCACUUUGAAGCACUUGAGUGAAGCUCUGAAGCUGCUGACUGCUCCUACUAACGAAUGUCUCCACGCCGCGGUGACGUCACUCACAAAGAACCAAGCUGAACACUAUGACAAAUAUAAUUGCUUACGAAGAUUACCAGAUGACGUUCGGACGUGUAGAAAUUAUGCAUAUUUACAAGAAAUAUACGACGCGGUACGAGCAACUGAUAGUGUAUGCACUAAGGACUUCAUGGCGAAAUUAGGGGAAUAUUUAAUUUUAACAGCUUUUUCACACAACUGUCGUUUGGAAAAAGCGUUCAAAUGUUUAGGCACUAACUUGACUGAAUUCCUAACUACACUGGACAGUGUGCAUGAUGUGUUGCAUGAUCAGGACGACGUGUUCAAAGAUGAGAGCACAGACACAGAGGCGGCAUUCGUCUGCACAUCCCACGCGGGCAAGGUCCACCUGCACCUCACGACUGAAAGCGAACCCGUAGCAUACAUGCUAGUUGGCAGUUUGCGAGCGAUAGCAAGACGCUUGUACGACACGCACGCGGAUAUAAGACUGACGAGCUAUACUAAUGAUCCUAGGAGGUUUAGAUACGAAAUAAAUGCUGUACCACUACAUCAGAAGUCGAAAGAAGAGAACUGCGAAGUACAGAGUGAAGCAGUAUCCAUAGCCACAUCCACUAAUGCAAGUGAUCUUAAGAUCGGUGUUGCGUCGUUCUGCAAGGCGUUUCCAUGGCAUUUUGUGACUGAUAGACGUCUGGAGUUAGUUCAAUUAGGAGCAGGCUUCAUGCGCCUCUUCGGUUCGCACCUAUCUUCACACGGCUCGGCUCUGAGCACGUACUUCAGGAUGCUGCGUCCGCGCAGCGUGCCCCUGGACUUCCGUGAAAUCCUCAAGCGUGUGAACACACCCUUUAUGUUCUGUCUGAAAGUGCCUGGCUCUGCGUCACUGGCUGAGGGUCUCGAGAUUAAAGGCCAGAUGGUGUUCUGCCCGGAGUCAGAUUCCUUACUGUUUGUGGGGUCCCCCUUCCUCGAUGGACUAGAGGGGCUCACCGGGCGAGGUCUCUUCAUAUCUGAUAUUCCACUGCAUGAUGCAACAAGAGAUGUGAUUUUAGUCAGCGAACAGACUAGAGCACAGGAUGGGCUUCGGAAACGAAUGGACAAACUCAAAAACUCGAUAGUGGAGCUCAGCAAAUCCGUAGCUAAGGAGAGAGAGAAGAACGUCAGUCUGCUGCAUUUGAUAUUUCCACCACAUAUUGCUAAGCGACUAUGGCUGGGUGAGGAGAUAGAAGCAAAAAGCCAUGAUGACGUCACAAUGUUAUUCAGUGAUAUCGUGGGUUUCACGUCAAUCUGCGCCACCGCCACUCCCAUGAUGGUCAUCGCCAUGUUGGAAGACUUGUACAGCGUCUUUGAUAUAUUCUGUGAAGAACUGGAUGUUUAUAAGGUGGAAACGAUAGGCGACGCAUAUUGCGUUGCUAGCGGACUACACCGAAAGAUCGAAACUCAUGCGCCGCAAAUAGCGUGGAUGGCGCUGCGAAUGGUGGAAACUUGCGCUCAGCACUUUACGCAUGAGGGGAAUCCCAUCAAGAUGCGUAUAGGUCUGCAUACUGGGACAGUUUUAGCUGGUGUCGUCGGAAAAACAAUGCUAAAAUACUGUCUCUUCGGCCACAACGUGACUCUUGCAAACAAGUUCGAGUCAGGCUCUGAACCUUUGAAGAUAAACGUCAGCCCUACUACUUAUGAGUGGCUAAUAAAGUUCCCGGGAUUCGAGAUGGAGCCCCGCGACAAAUCGUGCCUUCCCAACUCGUUCCCGAAGGACAUCCCGGGAACGUGCCACUUCCUGCACAAGUAUGUACACCCAGGGACUGAUGCUGGAGCGUCACAGGUAAAGCAUAUACAGGAUGCUCUCAAAGACUUCGGCAUAGGCCAAACAAAACCAGCCGACGUGGACACGGAUGAACCAACAUAGUCGUUUAAUAAAAAUCCCUAAACUUUUAUUAAUAUCUCAAACAUUCCAGAAUUGUUAAAGUAUUUUUAUUGCGAAUUGUAAAUAGCCACUUAUCCUAAUUAUUUGUUAGAUUUAAAAAGUUUCGAACCUUUUAAAUAUUCUAUUGUUUAUGAGGCUUUUAUUAUUUGUGGUGCUUCAAUUUAGGUUUAAAGGCGCUAUGUAGUGAUGUGUUUGAAAUUAUCUGUAAAUUAUUGUAUUAACUUACCUACAAGAACUAUAUUUUUCUGAAUUAAAAGUAAUAAUAGCAUUUUUGCGCUUUAAACAAAUACAGCAUUUUUGAAAACACACAUAAGGACACUAUUUUAGUUUUAAAGAUGGCUUCCCAACAAAAUUAUGUUCUGUUUUUUAAACAUGCUGUAUAAAGUCAAUCUACAUUACUUUUAGCGCCUUUAAACUAAAUAUUGUUUAAAAUAAUUGUUAAGGUAUCUACGUAUUGCAAUAUAGUGUAAUAAAUUGCGAAUAAAUAUAAGUAAAUUUAUCGUAGUUUCAAAUGAAUUAACUGAAGUACUUUGAAAAGUUUGUUGAGAAUUUAUUCAACUUUGUGUUGCGUGAAAUAAUUUCAAUUUUGAAAUUAGUUUGGUACAAUCCAUCUACAAAACUGAUUUGUGUUCUCUCUUUGCUUUUGAUUUCAGCUAAAUGCUAAUCUAAAGUUAGAGAAUUAUAAAAAUGUUUAUCGUUUUAAAGUAGUUUUCUUUUCUAAAAUUAUUUAAAUGUAUGAUAUGGCAGUUAAAUGUAGGGAGAGACGCAAACACUGUAAAUUUAUUUUGACUAUAAUUACGACUAAUUUAUACCACCAAAUAUACUGAUUAAUAUUAUUUGCAGUAUAAAUAGAUUAAGGGCUGAUUUUUCAAUCCUUGGUUAAAACUUAUUCAUCGAAUAACGUAUUA